UUUGUUCGUAUAACACACGUUAGUAAAUAUGGAGGAAAUAAAUGAAGUAUUGAAUAGGUCUUUGCAAGAUUUGAAUAUCUUUAAUGCUUCUGAAGAAUUGAGAAGCAAUCUUGAUGAUUCAGAUGGUAUUAAUGAAAAAAACACUAGUAUUUUCAGUGUCUUUGUAUGUAUUCUUGCUGUAACUCUGUCCUUCAUACUUGGAUUUGAGUACGACAGAGUAUUUAACAAAGUGAAAAUAAAAAUUGAUGUAAAAAGUCUCCUAAGAACAAUAGUUUUAACGCUAUUGUUAUUAUUUUUACCAGUUUUAUUAGUACUGGUUACAAUAAGUCUUAUUUAUAAGUGCAUCUGUUUAAUUGCCAUUAAAAUAAGUGACAAUAAUUUUGUUGAGUUUCUGCACAGCUUUGAUGUUUUCUGGAGCUUAGAAGACGGUAUAAAUAAAAAUGUUAUAGAAGUACUAGGUGUUAUAGAGACUGAUUGUCCAUAUGCACUUGUAGAUAAAAUAAAAGAAAAAAUAUCUGAUACUAUUGGCGAUGAUGCAGUGGCAAAGAUGUUUUAUAGAAGACAUCAAAAAUUCGGUUUCUUCUAUUGGCGGAAGAAUAAUAACAUUGAUGUUAAUGAAUAUGUGAAGGUAUUAAAAAUAGCUCAUAAAGAGAGUCUGUCUACUAAAGACAUGGAAAACAUUAUGACAGAUUUAUCGAGUCGUCCACUACCAUUUAGUGGAGAUGGGUUAUUUGAAAUUUUAGUAACAAAUAUUGAAGUUCACAAUUUAGAUGAUCGAGUCGAAAAAUAUGCAAUUAUAUUCAGAAUACAUCAUUCAGUUGGAGAUGGUAUAGCGUUGAUUGAACUUUUGUGUAAAAUUUUAGCUGAUAGCAAAGGAACAGAGAGUUUAUUUAAGGCACCUGAAAUUGGUAAUCUAUUUGAUCAUAAUUUAAGAAGAGACUAUGCUGACAUUCCAAGAAAUCUAUAUAAAAUGGCCCUAAGUUUUGCAGACGGAAUUAUAAGAUCGUCUGAUAUCAAUGCACUCCAUGGGCCAAGUCUAGAAGGGAAGAAACUGUACAAGUGGAUUGACACAGAUGAAAAUUUUCUGCAGAUUGUAAAAGAAAUUAAGAAAUUACAACAUGUUCACUUUUCUGAUAUCUUAACAGCUGCACUUUCGAAUGGUUUGCGGGAGUAUUUUAUGCAGAAUAUGCUGAGGAUCCCUGAUAAAGCUGCAGUGAUAAUUCCAAUUAGAUUGAAUUCGAAGAAAUCUUUGAUUUUGGAAAACAACUUUACAGUCAGCAUUUUAGACUUACCAUUAAAAGAAGAUCUAGCAGAUAUUAGUAGUAGCUGUGAAGAACUGCGGAAAAGUGCUGAUCCUUUGACAAAUCACUACUUGUUGAAACUCUGCAGUGUUUUCCCGAACAGCAUACUGAAGACCUUGUUUAACAGUAGCCAAGCGACAAUGGUAUUCAGCAAUAUACCUGGCCCAAGCCAUUUAAGUUUAUGCGGUGGAUCCUUGCAAUCUUUGGUGUUCUUUGCACCAAAUAAAGGGACUACUGGCGUCGGAGUCACAGCGCUAUGCUAUGGCGACGUAUUGCGAUUUGCAAUAAUGGCCGAUACAGCUCUAGUAGCGAGACCAGACGACCUGUCAUUGAUAUUGGAAGGAAUGGUCAAGGAAAUCAAGAGGCUUCACCUGGAUUAUCUAAAUUAGGGUCUUAAUGCAAGAGGGCUGUGGUGAUUUUGACUUCUCAGUAAAAGAUAUGGAGAAGGUCAACAUUUACACAGUCCAAUGAACACACCAAACUUUAUAUUAUACUGUUAA